UUCUGGUAAGAAGGGAAAUUUAUCAGGCGUGUGGCUUUUCUGGCCGGUUGAUGAGCACCGAUAGAGGGGCGUGCGGGCCGGAGCACUAGUUCCGCUUCCUCGGACUGCGCCGCUGUUAGGGGGUCAGCGACGGACACAGGAGCCGUUUGUGAGCGUCUGGGGACUGGGGAGGUGCAGAUCAGGGGGGUCCGCGCACUUCCAGCGUUUUAAUGCAGAGGGGAGAAAAAGGCAAGCGGGCUGAAAAUCACAGGAAGGACAAAAUCAUUUUAAAAGCAUUUUCCGAGACACUGAGUCGAGCGUACUGAUGAAGAAAUGGCAGCGGAAUCCACGCGGAGAUUCACGAAGAACCUGUUUAAGCCCGGGACGGCGGCUGAGAUCCGGCAAACGGCGUCCAGCGCGAUGAGGCACCCGGCGGUGGCGCAGGAGAAGGCGAAGCAGAUCGAGCCUCUGGAUUACGAGGCUGUCAUCUCCGAGCUGGACGCCGGGCUGAAGCAGGACUCUCUGGGAGACCUUAUUCUCUUCCCCGAUGAUGACUUCACGGUGUCCACGGUGCCCCUGGAGAGCCAGACAUCACACUCCACCGUGCCCGCAGGGGCAGAGAAGGCGGCCAGUCUGCUGGUCAGACAGGCGUGCAGCUACUACAACUCCCCUCUCCACGUGGUCAGCUACACGUCCGAGGUCUACGGGGGGGACUAUCGACAGCUGUCCAAGAAGCUGCUGAAGUCUGAGAAGCUGCCGAGUCAUUCCUUCGAGAUCGACCACGAGGAGGUGGACAAGGACGAGGACACCACAUCCCUCUCAUCGUCCAAAGGGGGUGGGGGAGGUGGUGGCGGGAGCGGCGGGGGGGGUGGAGUUUUCAAGUCUGGUUGGCUAUACAAGGGGAACUUCAACAGCACAGUCAACAACAGCAUCACCGUGCGGUCUUUCAAAAGGCGGUUCUUCCAGCUGACGCAGUUGACGGACAACUCCUACAUCAUGAACUUUUAUAAGGACGAGAAGAUCUCCAAAGAACCUAAAGGCUGCAUCUUCCUCGACUCCUGUACGGGCGUGGUCCCGAAUCAUCGGCUGCGGAAGCACGCCUUCGAGCUGAAGAUGAACGAGGUGACGUACUUCGUGUUGGCUGCCGAGAGCGAGCAGGACAUGGAGGACUGGAUCGGAACCCUGAACCGGAUCCUGCAGAUCAGCCCUCCUGAGGGCCCUGCCCUGGACCGCAAGAGCAUCGACCUGUCUGAUGCCAGACAGGCAGAUGUGGCAGAGCUGAGCGACGUGAGCAUUCUGGAGAAUGACGAGGCCUCGGAAGACAUGAUGAACCCCGAACUGGCCAAAUACAUCUCAGAGACGGAGGAGCAGGUGCAGGACGCUCGGGCGGACGGGCGGCUCAACCUGUUCAUGCUGGACCCCGACAUGCCUGUGCUGCGUAGCCCCCGGGGGGAGGGGCAGGCCGGCGAAGCGGUCGCGGUCCGGCCCUUUGAGGAGAAGCUGGGCCGGAGGCUGAUGAUUCGCUGCCACAGCCUGACUCUGACACUGCAGGGUUGCGUUAGCGACACUGAGAACGGGCUCUCAACCAACAUCGAGCCAUUCUUUGUGACGGUGGCUCUCCUCGACGUGCGCGAGGGCCGCAAGGUGUCAGCCGACUUCCACGUGGACAUGAACCACGAGGCCGUGCGGCAGAUGCUGGUCGGCUCUGGGAGCUCCGGGGUCCCGGGGAACCCCGGCGCCGCGCAGGAGAACGGCCUGGGCUCGCCCACGGACACCAGGCCCAGCGCCUAUCAGCUGACUCCGGAUCUGGACAGUUGGCUGUGCUACCCCAAGCAGGCCAUCUUCUCGGUGACGAAUCCCCACACUGACAUCGUGCUGCUGGCCCGGGUGGAGAAGGUGCUGAUGGGAAACAUCACCAGUGGGGCGGAGCCUUACAUAAAGAGCACAGACUCCAGCAAGACCGUUCAGAAAAUGCUGAAAUCCAACAAGCAGUUCUGUAGUAAACUUGGAAAAUACAGGAUGCCCUUCGGCUGGUCAGUGAGGCCUGCGUUCAAAGACAAUCAUGGCACUGUGGACAGGGAAUCCCGCUUCUCCCCACUCUUCAAGCAGGAGAGCAACAAGAUCUCCACAGAUGACCUGAUCAAGCUCAUCUCCGAGUACAGGAGGGCAGAGAAGACCAGCAAGCUGCAAACCAUCCCAGGAACCCUCAACAUCGAUGUGGACUGUGUACCCAUGGAACAUCCCAACUGCAUGACAUCCUCGUACAUCCCAGUGAAGCCCAUUGAGGACUGUGAGAAGCACCCACCCACAGUGGAGGUGGAAGAGUUUGUCCAGGAGUCAGGCAGAUUCUCUCAGCCCUACAGAGUCUACAAGAACCACAUCUACGUCUAUCCAAGACACCUCAAGUAUGACAGCCAGAAGAGCUUUGCCAAGGCACGAAAUAUUGCAGUGUAUGUCGAGUUCCGCACCUCUGAUGAAGAGCAUUCCAAACCCCUACAGUGUAUAUACGGAAAGCCAGGAGGUCCAGUCUUCACAACUGCUGCUUGCUGCACUGUCCUCCACCACUCGCAGAAUCCGGACUUCUAUGACGAGAUAAAGAUCGAGCUGCCCACCCAACUCCACAGCAAACACCACCUGCUCUUCUCCUUCUAUCAUGUGACGUGUGAUAUUAACGCCAAGACCAACGCCAAGAAAAAGGAGGCCUUAGAAACCCCAGUGGGGUACGCAUGGCUGCCCAUCCUGAAGGAAGGCCGCCCGACUUCCCAGGAGCACAACAUCCCAGUGUCCUGCACCCUGCCCCAGGGGUACCUGAACACCAAAGGAAAACCAAAUGGGCCUGAGAUCAAGUGGGUAGAUGGAGGGAAGCCAAUAUUCAAGGUCUGCACCCACGUGCUGUCCACGGUCUACACUCAGGACCCCCACCUGCACCGAUUCUUCCAGGAGUGCCAAAAUCGAGAGACGGACCUCUCUCAGCCCCCUACCUCGAAUUUUAUCAGCUCCUUGAAGGGCCUGCUGAGCAUGGAGCACAUCCAUGUAAUCAUUCGCUUCCUGCCCGUACUCUUCAACCAGCUGUUCAAGGUCCUGGUCCAGAACGAUGAUGACGAGGUCACUUGCGCCACCAGCAGAGUUCUGAUGCACAUUGUCGCUAAGUGCCAUGAAGAUAACCUGAACCACUACCUGCACUCCUACAUCAAGUUUGUGUUCCAGACCGAGUUUCAUGAUUCCCGGACGGUGCACGAGGAAUUGGCCAUGGUCAUGAACUCUGACCUGAAGAGUAACGAGCAAGCAGUCGUCAAGAACGUCUUGAAGUAUUCCUGGUUCUUCUUCAACCUCAUUGUGAAGUCCAUGGCCCAGCACCUGGUGGAUGUGGAGAAGGUGAAGCUGCCCCGGCCACAACGGUUCCCCAAAUCGUAUCUCGGCAACCUGGAGAACCUCAUUAUGAACGUGUCGGACCACAUCUUCUGGAAGAAUAGAGACCUGCCCGAGGAGACUCGCAGCGCCAAUUUGGCCAUAGCUAACUUCGUCAAGCGUUGCUUCACCUUCAUGGAUCGAGGAUUCACCUUCAAGCUCAUCAGCAGCUAUAUAAAUGGAAUUAGAGUCAACGAGAGCAAGGGCCUGGUGGAGUUAAAGUUUGAAUUCUUGCGGGAGGUGUGUAACCACGAGCAUUACAUCCCCCUCAGCCUGCCCAUUCCUUCGGCCCAGAUCACAGACCUUGGCUCCCCCUCAGAAUCGCAAAGCACUCUGGUGGAUAUUCCCGAGUACAGCCUGACGGAGGAGUUCUGCAGGAAGCACUUCCUGACGGGGAUGCUGCUUCGGGAACUGGGCCUGGCGCUACAGGGCGAGCAGGACCUGCGCCACCUUGCCCUCGCCAGCCUGAAGAAUCUGAUGGCCAAGCAUUCUGUGGACGGGCGUUACAGCAGCCGGGACAGGCAGGCAAGGAUCGCAUCGCUCUACCUGCCCGUCUACGGCCUCAUCCUGGAUAACAUGCCGCGCUUCUUCCUGCGGGACCUGUUUCCCAUCAGCUUCGCACCCAGCGACCAGGGUUCCCGGGACGACCUGAGUGUGGCCGGGGGUCUGCAGGGCCCCAUGACGCAUGCCCUGAAACAUGGCAGCUCCAUAGACGCCUCCUUCUCCAAAGAGGUCCUGAACUCCAUCACAGCCUUUUCUUCCCUAGCUGUAUCCGUUGGCAACCACGCUGGCUCCCGCGGCUCCCUCAUCAGCAUCGAGUCCAACCCCAGCAAUAGCGACAAGAACAGCGAGAAGACCGAGGGUUUAGAGAAGGUGGCACGCCCUCAGUCUCUCAUCGGGUACAUGUCGCGCUUCGACAAGCUGGACCAGGCCGAAACUCGCAGCCUGCUCAUGUGCUUCCUGCACAUCAUGAAGACCGUGUCCGAGGAUGUCCUGGUCUCCUACUGGCACCGGGCAGUACAUCAGGAAAUCUCUGACUUCUUCAACUUAUUAGAGCUCUGCCUUCAGCACUUCAGGUUUCUGGGAAAGAGGCACAUCGCCAGGAAGCUCGCCGCGGCGGUGAAGCUGGCGCAGGCUACCCAGAACAAUGGCACCCUGAAGGGCUCUAGCAAUUCCACUCAAUCCACUGGCCUUCUCCCACAAUGGAUGCACUCGGGCCAGGAUGGGCACCGGCACGCCCGCUCCCAGACCAUGCCCAUCAUCCGUGGCAAGAACGCCCUGGCCAACCCCAAACUCCUGCAGAUGAUGGAGAACGCCACCAGCUCCAACGGCAACGCUGGAGACGGCGAUACUGUGAGCCCCACGGACAUCGAAGCCAGCUUGUCGACGGAGGUGGGGCUCACCGUGCUGGACGUGCUGGGCCUCUUCGUCCAGCACCACAAGAAACAGCUGCAGCAUGAGGACGGCCAGAACUCCCUGAUGAAGAAGGUCUUCGACACGUACUUGCUCUUCUUCCAGAUCAACCAGUCCACCACCACACUGCGACAUGUCUUCGCUGCCCUCCGCCUCUUCAUCGACAAGUUCCCCUCGGCGUUCUUCCAGGGCCGAGCUGACAUGUGCAGCCAGCUGUGCUACGAGAUCCUGAAGUGCUGCAACCACCGCUCCAGUUCAACGCAGGUGGAGGCCUCGGCCCUGCUCUACUUCUUCAUGCGCAAGAACUUCGACUUCACUAAGGGGAAGUCCAUCGUGCGCUCGCACCUGCAGCUCAUCAAGGCUGUGAGUCAGCUGAUCGCCGACGCCGGGAUUGGAGGCUCCCGCUUCCAGCAGUCCCUUGCCAUCAUCAACAAUUUUGCCAACGGGGACUCGCCCCUGAAAAGCACGGCGUUCCCGGCGGAGGUGAAGGACCUGACCAAGCGCAUCCGGACAGUCCUCAUGGCCACGUCACAGAUGAAGGAGCACGAGAAGGACCCAGAGAUGCUGGUAGACCUGCAGUAUAGCCUGGCCAACUCCUACGCUAGCACGCCGGAGCUGCGGAGAACUUGGCUGGAGAGCAUGGCCAAGAUCCACGUCCGUAACAGGGACCUCUCUGAGGCUGCCAUGUGCUACAUCCACAUCGCUGCUCUGAUCGCGGAGUACCUGAAGAGGAGGGGUUACUGGAAGGCAGACAGGACCAGGGGAUCCAGUGUGUUCACAGAGGAUGCAAAUGUUAUUAACUGUAGCCCCUUACUAACAUCCCGAGAAGGAGAAACAUCGUUCUCCAUGGGCUGGGCGGCCUUCAUGUGCAUCACGCCCAACGUGCAGGAGGAGGGUGCCAUGAAGGAAGACACGGGGACGCAGGACACGCCCUACAGUGAGGACACACUGGUGGAACAGCUGGUGAUGUGUGUGGAUUACCUGUGGAAGUCUGAGAGGCACGAACUCAUCGCUGCCGUCCACAAACCCAUGAUUGCCGUCUUCGAGAAGAGGAGGGACUUCAAGCGGCUCUCGGAGCUGUACUACGACAUCCACCGCUCCUACCAGAAAGUCACGGAGGUGGUGAACUCGGAGAAGCGCCUCUUCGGGCGGUACUACCGCGUGGCUUUCUACGGCCAGGCUGCGGGCUUCUUUGAAGAAGAGGAUAAACAAGAGUUCAUUUACAAGGAGCCCAAGCUGACGGCACUGUCAGAGAUCUCGCAGAGACUGCUGAAGCUUUACUCUGACAAGUUUGGGGCCGACAACGUGAAGAUGAUACAGGACUCCAAUAAGGUGAACCCCAAAGAUCUGGACCCGAAGUACGCAUACAUCCAGGUGACCUACGUCACGCCGUACUUCGAUGAGAAGGAGCUGCAGGAGAAGAAGACUGACUUUGAGCGGCACCACAACAUCAAGCGCUUUGUGUUUGAGACGCCCUUCACGUUGUCGGGGAAGAAGCACGGCGAAGUGGAGGAACAGUGCAAGAGGCGGACCAUACUGACCACCAGGGCUGCCUUCCCCUACCUGAAGAAGCGCAUCCAGGUGAUGGAGCAGCAGAGCACAGAGCUGAACCCCAUCGAGGUGGCCAUCGACGAGAUGUCCCGCAAGGUGUCUGAGCUGAACCAGUUGUGCGCCAUGGACGAGGUGGACAUGAUCCGGCUGCAGCUGAAGCUGCAGGGUAGCGUCAGCGUCAAGGUUAAUGCUGGACCUAUGGCUUACGCACGCGCCUUUCUGGAAGAGGGGAAUGCCAAGAAAUACCCUGACAACCAGGUCAAACUUCUCAAGGUGAUUUUCAGGCAGUUUGCGGAAGCGUGCGGACAGGCUUUGGACGUGAAUGAGAAGCUGAUUAAGGAGGACCAGCUGGAGUACCAGGAGGAGAUGAAGGCCCAUUAUAGGGACAUGCUGAGCGAGCUGUCGGACGUCAUGAACGAGCAGAUUGUGUACCCAAAGCAGCAAGGAACGGACCGGCUUCACACCCUCUGAUCAGCUUGUGAGACGAACCAGGGAUGAACCAGGAGGAGUUUAAUGCUGGCAGGAAGCAGAGACCCCAGAAUCCCCACCCAGUAUUACUGACCAGAUCUGACACAGGGACGCAAAAGCUGUGACAUUUUACGAACUGGAAAUAAGGAAUGGAAUGGGACUACUGCGAUUUCCUUAAUCUUAUUUUGUAAGCGCAUUCUUCGCGUCAAAGGCUAUGAGCUAAAGUGCAGGCUGCUUAUCUCUCUCUCUCUCUCUUUCCACACCUCGCAAAAUGACCCCCGUACCGCCCUGGGCAGCCAUUAGCUUAAAGCAGGAGGGCGGGGACUUGAAAAGGCCACAUGUGGGGAGUGUGGCUUCCGCCGAGCGUGUCACACUGUAAAUGCCCCGCCCCCCCAGAGUGGCCCCAGGAUCUGACGUCUUUGUGAAUGUAGGUGCGAUCGCGCUUUUUUUACCCGACCCGAGCUAACGUCCUGGAAUUCCCCGCUGGCAGAUUUUCUGAAUGCGAAAAGUUAAUGUUUUAUAACAUUUUUAUUAUCGUUAAUGUUGUUCUUAUGUACUGUUUUAAAUUGUAAAUAAGAAUAAUUAAUAUUUAAAAGGUUUCUUUUUAUACAAAAAAUGAACUUUUGUUUGGAUAAAUUAAAAAAAAAAAAAAAAGAUUGAAGAAACUAAAGUUUUAUGUAUAACAUUUAAAUAAAUUUUGUUAAUAUCUGUAACCUACUCUGAG